CAGUCGAUGACAUGAUUGCGACUGGUAAGGCAACGCUGCCGCAUGAGGACAGCGAAGCGAGGCCACAAUCACGAUUUCCUUCUGUCGAUGCCGUUGACGAUCUCGACAGCUUCAAAAGUGCAGCCAGAACUCUACUUAGUAUUCAUCGAGAUGAAAUAGCCCAAAGAGACGAGCAUAUAUCGAAACUGAGAGCCGAACUGCUCAGGGUUCGAGAAGGUCUUCAGGCGCUGGAAAACCAGAGCCUCCUGGGACAACCUCUGCAAGAUGUCGCGGAUCAUAGCGACAAAGAAUGGACAUUUGUGCAGUCAAUGUAUGCACCGGAGCUUGGAAAGGAGUCACAGGAACAAGUCUCUGGACGAAUCGAGAACAUCUGGGCAUCCUGCCUGAAAGCAGUUCAAGAUAUCAUGGCACAAGACGCUCCACUUGAGUCAAUUUUGGACAUGAAUAAUUUAGGCCUGCAAGAAAACGAACAGGUAAUGACCAUCGUUGAACUUUUAACCGAACCGUCAGACGCUGCCUUUGCGAGCCGGACGCGUACAGUACUCGUCCUAGCCCUUCUGGCAAAGGCUCUAGAGGAGUACAUAUUGACCCCGAAUUAUCUUCUCGAAGACGAUAAUGAACUCAGGUACAUCUUGAGCAAGAUGACUGACACGAAGAAGAAAGCCCACUUCAGAGGUCUGCUCUUGUCGAUAUCCGAGGAAGACGGCUUCAAAGAACCAGUCAGACUUUUCAGAGUGGAAAACGCGUUGGACAGUAUCACCAAACCCCUCGAAGCAGUGUAUCAGGAGGACUUCCGUGACAAGCUCAGAUCGAGGCUGGAACAACUAUUGGAGGGUAUUAUGACUGCCUGGGAGCCAGCUCAACACUGUGAAAGCCAUUUGGAAGUCAGCACUAUGGCGAAACGUGAUGGACGGGAGUGGAGGACGCUGCGUUUCGAAGGCGACACUGCCAAUCUGGUGACAGUCAAGUCAGAUGCCUUCGAAGCGGAUCCCGUGCUCAUGACACUCUUUCCAAGGGUAUGCAUCAUCGAUAGAAGCAAGAAACCUGCAUUCACGACAGUAUUUCCAGGUGUCGUCUUUCAAAGGUCACAAGCCACAGUUGAGGUCGCUGACGUGGAGGUGAAGAGUGUUGAAAUACCUGGUGUUCCGACCACUGAGCUAGUGGCCAUGGAACAGAUGGGUGGAGUGGCGAAAGAGAAUGCAAAGGCCGACGAGGCGGAUUCCCGCAUUACAGGGUCUGAGUCUGAAGGGUCGUCUGCUUCAAGUGACGAGACCGAAGGGAGCGAGACCGAGUCAAAUGACGGUGAUGAAGAAGCCUGAUACAAUGGCUUCUUAACGAGGGAGGAAGUCAUGAACGCCAAUCGACCACUAAUUGCCGACCAGGGU